AUGAUUAAUAUAUAUAAAUUCCUGGGACUGUCCAUUCGGGGAGAUUAUUUAUCAUAUUCACUUGUUUUUAACAAUAGAUUGGUUAAUCUGGGUUCAAUCUCCAUAAAAUCGGAUAACUCUGAUUAUUUUACCAAAUUGAACACUGUUUUAUCACUAAUUAAGUCUGAAAUUGCUAAAGAGCAUUCAACUUCUAAGGAUUCCACCACUGAGGAAUCCUGGAGUGUUGGAAUCCACCAUGAUUCCAUUGUGAACAGACGCAACACCGAUUCGAAUAAGCUGUACAAGCUGUGUAAAAUAAAAACAAUCGUAGAAUGUUCAUCUAUUUUAAACUUCAGCACAUCACCCUUGACCAUCUCAGAUUCUGAAAUGUGUAAAGCCAUCGCAAAAGUGUCUGGCUCCAGAAUUUUAAACACCGACGACGUGAUUAAAUUCGCGACUGGGAAGCUGUCUAAUUAUUUAAACUGCAAUUCUAGCCUUCAUUUUAACUCAAUUGCCACCUCUUGGGCCACUGCACUUACUUUACAGAGGAGAGUUACCAGGGAGACUCUUGUUCUCGACGAUAAGGAUGCUCUAAAGAUACAGGAUAGACUGAUGAGUGAUAAAAUAAUCAACGAGUUGGUGUCCGCUUUAAACAGCACCGAUAGCUCCAACGGUAGCACCAACACUUCCACAGCUAACGACAGUAGCAGCAACCGUGUUUUCGCCAGCCACGACGUUAUCAUGAUCCAGCUACGACUGCGAUAUUACCAUCUGUUCAGAAUUGAAGAACGUAUUGAAACGGCGAAUUCACAGGCUUGUGGAGGAUUACAUUGA